GUAACCGCCGCGCACCCGGGCGCCGGGCGCGGGGGACAUGGAGUUCGCCGAGCUCAUCAAGACCCCUCGGGUGGAUAACGUGGUGCUGCACCGGCCAUUCCACCCGGCCGUGGAGGGGACCCUGUGCCUGACGGGCCACCACCUCAUCCUGUCCUCGCGGCAGGACAGCACCGAGGAGCUGUGGCUCCUCCACUCCAACAUCGACGCCAUCGACAAGCGAUUUGUGGGAUCUCUGGGAACCAUCAUCAUAAAAUGUAAAGAUUUUCGAAUUAUUCAAUUGGAUAUUCCUGGAAUGGAGGAAUGUUUAAAUAUAGCCAGUUCCAUUGAGGCAUUGUCUACCCUGGACUCAGUCACUUUGAUGUACCCUUUCUUCUACCGGCCCAUGUUUGAAGUGAUAGAAGAUGGUUGGCAUUCCUUCCUUCCUGAACAAGAGUUUGAACUUUACUCUUCAGCUACCAGUGAAUGGAGGCUAAGCUAUGUCAAUAAGGAAUUUGCUGUCUGUCCUUCUUACCCACCGAUCGUCAUAGUGCCCAAGUCCAUUGACGAUGAUGCUCUUCGCAAGGUGGCUACAUUUCGACAUGGUGGGCGUUUUCCAGUACUAAGCUAUUACCAUAAAAAAAAUGGAAUGGUAAUUAUGCGAAGUGGUCAGCCCCUUACUGGCACCAAUGGGAGAAGAUGUAAGGAGGAUGAGAAGCUGAUAAAUGCUACUCUCCGGGCAGGAAAGAGAGGCUACAUCAUUGACACUCGAUCUCUAAAUGUAGCACAGCAAGCUAGAGCCAAAGGAGGUGGUUUUGAACAAGAAGCUCAUUAUCCCCAGUGGAGAAGGAUUCAUAAGUCCAUUGAGAGAUAUCACAUUCUUCAGGAGAGUUUAAUCAAACUUGUGGAAGCUUGUAAUGACCAAACACAUAACAUGGACCGAUGGCUCAGUAAGUUGGAGGCCUCGAACUGGCUGACUCACAUCAAAGAGAUUCUGACAACUGCCUGCCUAGCGGCUCAGUGUAUCGACAGGGAAGGAGCAUCAAUACUGAUUCAUGGCACAGAAGGGACGGACUCCACACUUCAGGUGACCUCACUGGCCCAGAUCAUCUUGGAACCAAGGAGCAGAACCAUCCGUGGCUUUGAAGCCCUGAUCGAGAGAGAGUGGCUACAGGCUGGUCACCCAUUCCUUCAGCGCUGUUCACAGUCUGCCUAUUCCAACAGUAAGCAGAAGUGGGAGGCACCAGUAUUUCUUCUCUUCUUGGACUGCGUGUGGCAGAUACUCCGUCAAUUCCCGUGCUCCUUUGAAUUUAACGAGCAUUUCCUCAUCAUGCUCUUUGAGCAUGCGUAUGCCUCACAGUUUGGAACAUUUCUGGGCAACAGUGAGAGUGAAAGGUGUAAAUUGAAGCUACAGCAGAAGACAAUGUCUCUGUGGUCCUGGGUCAAUCGGCCCUGUGAGCUGAGUAAGUUCACCAAUCCUCUCUUUGAAGCCAACAACCUCGUCAUCUGGCCUUCGGUUGCCCCACAGAGCCUCCAGCUGUGGGAAGGAAUUUUCCUCCGUUGGAACAGAUCCUCUAAGUAUCUGGAUGAAGCCUAUGAAGAAAUGGUUAACAUCAUUGACUAUAAUAAGGAAUUACAAGCAAAAGUCAAUCUCCUGAGGAGGCAGCUGGCCGAACUAGAAACUGAAGAUGGACUUCAUGCAAGUCCUUGAAAGAUGUUCCAUGCGCCAGAAGGACCUUCUCCAGCCUGAGUUUACCCCUCUCUCUUUGCCCUUCAGUUCACUUGUACACACACACCUUGAACCUCAGGCUGGACAUGUCACGGCCUUCUCAGCAUUGUAGGAGUGAAAGUCACUGGAGUCGUCCCUGGUUUGCUUUAGAAGGAAGGAGGAGCUGGUCCCUGUCUGGUGUGCGAUGCUGGAGGCCACUCGCCGCUCUCCGGGUCCCCUGAGCAGGCGGCACCUGGGUAGGCCUGGGCACAGUCUGUCUGUUUAGGGAAUCGUUGGUGAUGGGCCAGGCUUCCAAGCACUGAGUAGAGAAAUGGUUUUCAAAACUAAAAUGAGUGACAAACCAAGGAUUUUGUCUUUAACACGCCAUUUCUUUUAUCUUUACCACAUAAAAGAACUGUUCUCUUAUUUAAGACAGUUUAGGACUAAAAAGCUGAAUCCAUUCUUGUUUUGGUUUGUCAAACAAGGAAAAUUAGAAUAGCUACAGGAAAUUCUUCCUGUGGGGUAAUAGUUAUGUCCUCCUGACAUUUACAUUAAGAAAAGUGAAAUGUAUUUUAAGAAUAGACACUAAAAGUAUGUGCAAUAGAGAAUUAAAGUAGGAUUUGGUUUUUCAGGUCUUGAGUAUUCAAAUAAACCAUUACUUCGAAUAGU